AUGAGCACAUCAGACCUUCACAAGAAACUCGUAUCCCAGGGCACCCGCGGACGCAAGAACUACUCUCCGAUACCAUGGGACCAAUUUUUUGAUUCAAAGAUAGAGGUGCCGACCGAAGACGGAUCAUUCAACGUGUAUUUAAAAGGAACCGAAGGUCCCAUAUUGUUCUUAAUUCACGGAGGAGGAUACUCGGGACUUACCUGGGCGUGUUUCGCUAAGAGUAUUAGUCGGAUAAUAAAGUGCAGAAUUGUUGCUCCGGAUUUGCGUUGCCAUGGUAAGUCUGGUUGCAGAAUUUGCUUCAUUCACAUGGGCGGCGCAUUCGCAGUGCACGCUCUCUGCGAGAACGUCAUUCCUAGCUUUGCUGCCGUAGCCGUAAUUGACGUCGUUGAAGGGUCUGCUAUGGACGCUCUGCAAGGCAUGAAGAACGUGCUCCGCUGUCGUCCUAGCCGAUUUGAAUCCGUCGAAAAGGCCGUGGAGUGGUGCAUUCGCAGCGGAUACACGUCUAAUCUGGAAUCGGCAAGAGUUUCAAUGCCUUCGCAGAUAAAACCGGUAGCAGUAAAAGAAUCGUUUACCUGGCGAAUUGAUUUGUCCAAGACUGAGCCGUACUGGCAAAGCUGGUUCAGCGGUCUUUCGCAGAAAUUUCUAUCCAUUACGGUUCCAAAACUGUUGCUGUUGGCUGGAAUCGACCGUCUUGACAAAGAACUGACCAUCGGUCACAUGCAAGGCAAGUUUCAGAUGAUCGUCCUGCCAAGAUGUGGCCAUGCCGUGCAAGAAGAUUCCCCGGAUCGUCUCGCGGACACGGUGGCCAUGUUUCUUGUCCGGAACCGUCUCGCUGAAGCCAUCGCUGACUUUCAUCCCGUUCUUCCGGGAUGUUGA